AAUCUUCACACAUUGACAGAUUCACAUCUGCUGAUGAUAGUGAACUCAAUAUUGAAUCAUUGAUUGAGAACUUGAAGAACAUGAUAAUGAAGGAAUUAUUCAUGUCAUGUAUAAUCAGGUCUUUCACAUCUCUCUCUGCCUUCUCUGUUUCUUUCUCUGCCACUUCCUCUCAAUCUUCUACACCUGCUUCUAUGUCUGGUUCUCCUGCUUUCACUACCUCUGUUCCCGCGACCCUCACUUCUGCUACUUCUGGUUUUAUUAUCUCUGCUUUCAUUAUCAGCUCUUCUUAUUUCAAGAAGAUAUUGUGUAGACUUAAUAAAUCAUGUUUCUCAGCAUUUACUUCAGUGUCAGAGAUUAUUCUAAUUGAAGAUGAUAAUAUCACUGAGACUACUUUCUUCUACUCUCAAGCUUCUUCUGUCACUUUCUCUCCCUUCUCUGCAGAGAAGAUUGUGCACACAUCAGAUUAUAAGCAUUCAGCUCUGA